AGUCUGGGAUGACAACUCAACUUGAUCCUUCCGUGAAGCCACCGCUUCCAGACUUGCACUAUAUUCAAUAUGAUCCAGACAAGGAAGCACAAUACCUCACCGCCAUCCGCGAACUGAUAUCAAAAGACCUUUCCGAACCCUACAGUAUUUAUGUCUAUCGUUAUUUUCUCUAUCAAUGGGCAGAUCUCUGUUACAUGAGGGAUUGUCAAGCUGACUUUUGCUCAAGNACGGUUGAUUCGACUGGGGAACUGAUAGGCGUGGUGGUCUGCAAAUUGGAACCCCAUCGUGGUGGUCCAAUGCGUGGAUAUAUCGCCAUGCUGGCAGUCAAGAAAGAGCACAGAGGAAGAGGCAUAGCGUCAAAACUAGUACGAAUGGCCAUGGAUGGAAUGAUAGCCAAAGAUGCAGACGAGAUCGCUCUCGAGACUGAGAUUGACAACAUACCCUCUCUCAAACUCUAUGAACGACUAGGCUUCCUAAGGACGAAACGCCUACAUCGUUACUAUCUGAAUGGCAACAGCGCCUACAGGAUGGUGCUCUACCUUAAAGACGGUGUCGCUAUGAAACAGACACAAAUGCCUUACGAUCCGCUGUAC